AACCACUACGUAAUGGGACUAAUUUUACAUGGUACAAGAGAGCAGAUGGCCAGGCAAGGGUUGACAAAUGUCACAUUUAAUGACUAUGAUGGAGCCAUUGGUUUCGUUAAUAUAAAAAAUCUGCACUGGAAGUUUGUGUAUCUUCAUGCACUCACAAGCCACAUUUUUGUGGUUGAUCCUCUGGAAGGGACAAAUGAAGUUGAGGACUCCAGAAAGGCUGGCCACAGAUUUGGACAGUAUUUCAAGAUGCGCAGGAACAGACUGGGAAAGGAGGACUGGGUGAACAUUAAGUGGAAGCCUGGCAAGAUAACCCACACCUUUCAGAAAGAUUCUACCAGUUGUGGGGUCUUUGUCAUGCAGAUGGCCAAGAUGACAGUGAUGGAGUUUCCAAAGAUGCCACAGUGUUUUCAUAUUGACACAUCAAAAGAGGGUCUUAAAAAUGAAAGAAAAGUCAUGGCAGAAGAAAUUCUCAUGGCAUCAGUUUCAAAGGAUGACUUCUGUGCAUUCUGUGGAAAUAAGGACCGGCCCAAACCUGCUGGAGAUGAUGUUUGGAUUCAGUGUGGAACUUGCACAAGAUGGUUUCACACACACUGCCUUGGAAUGACAGCUGCACAAAUACCAAACAAAAAUACCCCUUGGGAUUGUGUGUUGUGUAACAGCCCGAGCAAAAGAGGAUGUAGGUGAGUGUAGGGAUAGAAAAUGUAAACUACUACCAUGAUGAUGUACACAAACUGUAUAAGUGAACAUUAAACACAACCAUAAAAAGUUUACAAUACCUAUCCAAUUUUUUUUGGGAUUCUUUGUUUUUACGUUUUCCUUUAUUACUAUGAAAGAUCAUUUCUAUGUGAAAAUUUACA